AUUUCCAAACUUUUUGAGUGAUACUUUUUUCAAGAUUACUUCCCUGAAAAAUCAGAACUCUGCAACCAUUUCGUGAAGAACUACUACUAGUAUUUCUCCACUGAAAUUCCUAGCAAGUAACCAAGCAAAAUAUACUGCGAAAAUAUUUUGAGUAGGGUCGGGUCAGCAAGUAGUUCACAAAAGGCCAAGCAGAAUUGCCAAAUUGCUCGGGCUGUUGAACACGGAUGCCCUUUCCCGUGUGGCAUCAUUCAUAACGUUGACCAUUAUAUGAUUUUAAUAAUAUUACCACCUUCGUUCCAUGAAGUCAGACAUCAGACAAAAUGUAUAUAUUUAUACAGAAAAAGAGGGAGGGAGACAAAUUUAAGCAUCUCCUUCUUCUUCUUCUUCUUCCUCCUCAUUUCAUUCUGUUUUGGUACUUCGUGAUUUGAUAUUCAUCUGGGCAUCAGCUCUUGCGAACGAACAUCCAAUAAACGGAACGAUGCCGUACAGAGAGAGUAUAACGCAGUCACCGGCACCGUUGCUGGCAGGGAGAUCACCGGCGACGUCGACAGACAGUACAAUGAUGUCACCGGCGCCGUUUUUAAAUAGCAGGUCAGCAGUUCCAGCUGCGCCGUCCAUGUUAGUUCGACGUAGGAGUGGUGAAAUAAAUAACUUAGCAACACUUUCUAGUAGUAUUUUGCCAGCUUUUGGAACUGUUAUUGAUGGUAAUUACCUUGACCUUCAAAGAUUCAUCAUCGCACCCUAUGAUCGUCGCUACAGGUGGUGGCAACUGUUUCUUGUGGUUCUAGUCAUAUACUCAGCAUGGGCAUCCCCGUUCGAGUUAGCAUUCGAUAAGGUGGCAACAGGGUCUCUAAUGCCUGUUGAUUUAGUGGUCGAUGGCUUCUUUGCCAUCGAUAUUGUUCUUACUUUCUUUGUUGCCUACUUGGAUAGAUCCACUUACCUCCUUGUAGACGACCGCAAAAAGAUUGCAGUGAGGUAUUUGACCAAGUUUUGGCUUCCACUGGAUGUAGCCUCAACCUUGCCAUUUCAGCUCAUAUAUAGAGUUGUAACUGGGAAAACAAAAACAGGUGCUGUUUUUGGUUUUCUCAAUCUCCUUCGAUUCUGGCGACUACGUCGUGUUGGCAAGCUUUUUGCAAGGUUGGAAAAAGACACACGGUUCAGCUAUUUCUGGACAAGAUACAUUAAACUCAUUUCUGUGACACUAUUCAUAGUGCACUUUGUAGGCUGUUUCCAAUACUGGAUGGCUACCAAUUACUUCGAUCAAGAGAAAACAUGGAUUGGUGCUGCAUUAGGAAAUUUUGAAGAAAAGAGUAUUUGGAUAGGCUACACAUAUUCUUUGUACUGGACUAUCACCACUCUAACGACUGUUGGCUAUGGAGAUCUACAUGCCCAGAACACUAGAGAGAAGAUUUUCAACAUCUUUUUCAUGUUUUUUAACAUUGGUCUCACUGCUUAUCUCAUUGGUAAUAUGACCAAUCUUAUUGUGCAUAGUGCCCACCGAACUUUUGCUAUGAGAGAUGCAAUCAAUAAAAUAUUGAGAUUCUCUAGCUCAAAUAGACUCCCAGAGAACUUAAAAGAGCAAAUGAUGGCACACAUGCACCUACAAUUUAGGACACAAGAGAUGCAGCAAGACCAAGUGUUUCAAGAUCUACCUAAAGCAAUAAGAUCUAGCGUAGGUCAACAUCUUUUCACAACAACCGUUAAGGGUGGUUACCUGUUCAAUGAAGUUUCUGAAGAUCUUAUUGUUCAGCUGAUUACUGAAAUGAAAGCAGAAUAUUUUCCACCAAAAGUUGAUAUUAUCAUACAAAACGAAAUACCGACAGACUUCUAUAUUAUAGUUUCUGGGCAAAUGGACUUGCUGACAUACAAAGAUGGAACAGAACAGGUUUUAUCAAAAUUAGGCCCUUCGGAAAUGGCAGGAGAAAUAGGGGUGCUUUUCAAUAUCCCACAGCCAUUUACAGUGAGAAGCAAGAGGCUUUCCCAGGUUAUUCGAAUAAGUCAUCAGCAUUUUAAGCAAAUUGUGCAGCAACAUGCUGAUGAUGGAUCGCGAGUCAUCUCAAAUUUCACUGAGCACUUAAAGACCAUACAAACAGAGAUACUCGAACAAAUUCCCUUUGUGACAGAAUUUCUUGGUGACCUCCACAAUAUACCCAAGCGAAACAUCUCGAGAGGGGAGGUAAAAGACCGUGAAGCAUCGUCAAGAAAUGCUAAAGGAGUUCCAGCAAGUCCUACACGUGCCCUCAUGAGGUUGAUAAUUCACGGGCAUCAUCCAGAUGAAAUAAAUACAACAGAAAGCAACAAGCCUGGAAAACUCAUCCAUUUGCCAGGAUCAAUGGAAGAGCUUUUGCAGUUGGCAGAGACAAAAUUCGGUAAAACGGGGAGCAAGAUUAUAAUGACUGAUGGAUCAGAAGUGGAAGAGUUGAGCGUUUUAAGAGAGAAUGAUCAUCUGUUCUACUGCUGAGAGAGACAAAUUCUUUUGCUUCCUUUCAUCCAACAUGUAUAAAUUCGUUUCAAGAAUGUAAACUAAUAAUUAACUAACCAUGAUAUGUAUCAAGCAAAAAGUUCACUUCAGUAAUAUCUAGUUGCUGGAAACACAUAGAGCAGACUGAUAUAAGCAAUGUACCUUUUGCAGCUUAAAUCCCAUCUCUCGUGUUGAGAGUAUCUAAAUUCUUGUAAGCAGCUUUUGGGAAAAGAACUCCUUGCACUUGUCUUUUUUUCCA